AUGGCGACCAUGCGCCGCGUCGCGGCCUUGUAUCCGCAAGAGGUCCUCCUCACUGCCUCGUCGUCGUCGUCGCAGCGCGGCGCGCUCUAUGUAUUGGACCCAGCGUCGUCGUCGCAGACGCCCCUCCUGCACCUGAAGGGCACCACCCACGCAGCCCCCCACGGCGUGUCGUUCGUGCCGUCCGCCACACACGCUGCGCACGAUGCCGGCACGAGUGGUCUUGUCGCCGCAAUGGAGUCGGACAAGGCCGUCGUUAGCGUGUAUUCGUGGCAGCGCGACCAGCCGGUUGCCCGCCUCGUGCUGCCGCAGAAAAUGCGGUGCCUUGCCCUGUCGCCGUGCGGCACCUACCUGGCGGCCGGCGGCCCCGAUGGCCGCCUGUGCGUGUGGGACGUGGGCACCGGCGCCCUCCUGUCGUCCCUUGAAGUGCACUACCGCGCCGUGACGGUGCUGCGCUGGACGCCCGACUCGGCCGCGCUCAUCACCGCCAGCGAAGACGCGCGUGUGUGUGUCUGGAGUGUGCCGGGCAUCUUCCACGCGACCGACCUGGCCGGCGCGAGCACCGGUGCACUGCCGACGCCGUAUGCCACCUUCUCCGAUCACACGCUCGAGGUCACAGACUUGGCGGUAGCGCCCGGCGCCUUUCCUGCCGCCGCGCGCGUUUGGAGCGCAAGCCUCGAUGGCACCGUCAAGCUGUGGGAUCUGAGCGCGCGCCGCCUUGUCAGCACGUUUGUCGUCGACGAGCCUGUGCGGCACCUCGCGCUCGACCCGCUCGAGCGCUUCCUCCUUGUGAACGCGGAGCAGGGCGUUCGCCGCGUGGAGCUGUACGAGCCGCAGGGCGGCGCGGCGCGCGGCGGCGGCGGCGCUGCGGGCCACAGCACUCCUGUGUCGGAUGCGCCGCGCGUGUCGGUGCCCGAUUCGGUCACAGCUCUCGCGCUCUCGCAUGCCUCGUCGCAUGCAGCGCUCGGCACGCGCUCCGGCGCCAUCUACCUUGUGGACGUGCUGACGCUGCAGACCGUGCGUGUGCUCCAGGCCGGUGCGAGUCUUGCGAAGGCCGCGGCGCCGACGCCAGUGACGUACAUUGGCACCCUCGUGCGUCCCAUCGACCUGAUGGGCCACCUGCCAUGGCAAGGCGCCAAGCGCCAUGCGCGGCAGGAUGCGGGCACCUCUAGCAGUGCGUACGUGCAGGCGCUGCCGCUGCGUGCUGUGGCGACGCAGCUGGCGCGUACGAUCCAGCCACCGCUCCAUGCGCCGCACAUGCUCCUUCGAGUCGGCGCGGGCGCUGCGUCGUCGGCGGCGAGUGUGCAGCGCUGGCUGAGCGCGGGACAGGGCACCGCACCCGCCGUGCCAGCCGUCCGUGCUGGUGCCGAGGCUCUCGCCGACAGUGCGCCGCUGGCCAGCACGGCGUCGCCUGGCGACGUAGCGGCCCUCCGCACUGAACGAUGA